AUGACAGCAACAGCGGAUACGCCCGCGGCAUUGGCUUUACAACGCCAUACCUGCUAUGAUCUCUUACCCGUCAGCUACAAGGUCAUAGUCCUCGAUACGUCGCUGCCGGUUAAGAAGGCGUUGGCGGCUUUGUUGCAGCAUGGUGUGCAGUCGGCGCCGUUAUGGGAUUCGUCGGAGAUGAAGUUUGCUGGCAUGUUGACUGUAACGGAUUUCAUCAACCUGAUACGAUACUACUACGACCACGCAUCCUACGACUCGGCGCUGGAGGAAAUCGAGCAGUUGCUAAUAUCAGGAUUACGAGAAAUCCAACGAAAAAUGGGCUCCCUUAAAUCACGGAAUAUUUCAAUACAUCCCAUGCAGACACUCUACGAAGCUAGUCAGAUGCUCCUAAACGAUCACCUACAUCGCCUGCCGCUUGUCGAUCGGCAUGAGAACCAGGAGACGAUAGUGUCGGUGGUGACGCAGUAUAAGAUUCUGAAGUACUUGGCUGCAAAUGCACCAGCAGUGACGCGGCUAGCAGUAACGUUGGGGCAACUCGGCAUCGGCACCUUCAAGGAUUUGGCGACGGCUACGGCAUCGACGCCGCUUAUACAAGUUUUGAAUUUGUUUAUGGAUAGGCAGAUAUCUGCGGUGCCUAUUGUAGAUGCUGAAGGGAUGGUGCUGGAUGUGUAUGAGAAGUAUGAUGUGCUGAUGCUUGCACGGGAAGGCGCCUAUUACGAUCUAGAGAUGCCCGUCAGCGAAGCACUAGUAAAACGAGCACCGGACUUCGAAGGGAUCCACACCUGCACACUCAGCGACACCCUCGGCCACGUCCUCGAAACCAUACGACGCAUGCCAGUACAUCGCUUCAUCGUCGUGGACCAAGGGAAGCUGCAAGGGGUGGUGUCGCUGAGCGAUUUGCUGCGGUACCUCCUCUCGCAUUGA